UAAAGCCCAGCAGGCGCCUUCCCCUCUCUCCUCCAUUCCAAGACCACACCGACCGUCCGGGUGAGACAAAGGGCUCCGGCUUGGACAUCAUCUACACCGAAAAACAGCCGAAUUGGAAGGAAAAGGAACCAUGGGCAAACCUAGAGUCUUCUUCGACAUCACCGCAGACGGCAAGCCCGUGGGGCGAGUGGUUAUGGAGCUGAGAGCUGAUGUUGUCCCCAGAACAGCAGAGAACUUCAGGCAGCUGUGCACAGGACAGCCUGGCUUUGGCUACAGGGGCUCCACUUUCCACCGUGUCAUCCCUGGCUUCAUGUGCCAGGGUGGCGACUUCACGAACCACAACGGAACUGGCGGCAAGUCUAUCUAUGGCCACAAGUUUGAGGACGAGAACUUCAGCCUGAAACACACAGGGCCCGGCUGCCUGUCCAUGGCCAAUGCUGGACCCAACACCAACGGUUCCCAGUUCUUCAUCUGCACAGCUCAAACCAGCUGGCUGGAUGGAAAGCACGUGGUCUUCGGCCAGGUUGUGGAGGGCCUGGAUGUCAUCAAGAAGGUGGAGAGUUUCGGCUCCAACAGUGGCAAAACCUCAGCCAAGAUUGUCGUUGCCAACUGCGGCCAGCUGUAGACCCCACCCCCCGCAAAGCCCCCCAAAACCCUGCGUCUUUCAGACCCUGUAAAUCCUGGUUUAAACAGCAACAUUCCUGUCCGGUUUUACUCCUAGCCCAUCCUUUCAACCCGUCUGUUUCUGUCCCUUCUGACGAGUUGCCUUUUUGAUCAGUUCGUUAUAUUUUUCAUUUGCAAAUAGGAGCCUAUGGGCUUUAAUUUGUGUGGCAAAAAAUCUGAAAAUAAAAAGGGGAACAAUUAA